UUCUCCCUUCAAUCCCACCACCAAUCCCUCAAAAUCCCUUCAAAUUUCAAGGCGAAACCAAAAAAAAAGGCCCCAAAAUGGCUUCCAAAGCUACAGCCUCUCUUGCUUUCCUCCUUUCUCUCAACCUCCUUUUCUUCUCCCUUGUCUCAGCCUGCAACAAUUGCUACGUCCCAGCCCCACCCAAGCCAAAGCCAUGCCCUCCACCAUACCCAAAGCCCACCCCUUCAUCUGGCUAUGGAAAGUGCCCAAGGGAUACCCUUAAACUCGGCGUCUGCGCCAAGCUGCUUGGCGGGCUCAUCGAUGUUACCAUCGGCAAGCCCCCAGUGACCCCUUGCUGCAGUCUGAUCGAAGGUCUUGCUGAUCUUGAAGCUGCUGUCUGCCUUUGCACCGCCAUUAAGGCCAGUGUUUUGGGCAACAACCUUAACAUCCCUGUCUCUCUUAGCUUGCUCCUUAAUGUCUGCAAGAAGAAUGUUCCUAAGGGAUUCCAGUGCUGAUUUUAUCUAUUGUCUUUUCCCUUGGGAGUACUAUGUUUUGUUAUGACUUUGGAUUUGGGGUUUGUUUUAAUUUGCUUCGUGGUGUUAUUUUGUUCUUGCAUAUCUCUUACCCCACUAUCAAAUAUUAUUCACUUUACUUCAUUACGUA